UAGCAUGCAUUGAGUCUUGAGUCAGACAGUGAGAUGAGAGUGGCGAAGGGAAAAAAGAUCAAAUUAAACGUAAUGCCUGACAAUGGCCAAAAUGUGAGGUUAGGUAACCUCACAUUUAAAACAUUUUGUUAAGAUUUAGGAUGUUUCAAAAACAAAAUAAAUUACGGAUUAUUACAGAUUAUUUAAUUCAAAAUAUUCAAAAAUAGAUUCUCAGUAAUCUUAGAAUGUCUGAAACGAGUGAUAAUAAUCCCUUGUGGAUAUUUGGUUAUGGCUCUCUAUUAUGGAAAACUGAUUUUCCUUAUGCAAAAAAGAAAGUGGGAUUUAUCAAGGGAUAUUUAAGAAGAUUUUAUCAAUCCAGCGUAGAUCAUAGGGGGAUCCCAGAAAAGCCUGGUCGUGUGGUGACCUUAAUUCCUUCUUCAAAUCCUGAGGACAAAGUAUGGGGAAUUGCGUACAAGAUUGAAGAUAAAGACAAAGAUCUUGUUGUUAGGCAGUUGGAUUUUAGAGAAAAGAGUGGUUACAUUAAAGUCAAUAUUAUAUUUUAUCCAGUUGAUCUAGUGGCGAAAACUGAGGAGAAACCCUUCAGCCUGGUUAUAUAUGUGGGAGAGAAGACUAAUGAGCACUACGCAGGUGAGGCGGACGUGGAUACAAUUGCUAAACAGAUAGUGGAAGCCUAUGGCCCCAGUGGUACCAACCGUGAAUAUCUCUAUCGACUGGCCGACACCAUGAGAGCUAUUGCUCCAGGACAGGAAGAUAACCACUUGUUUUCAUUGGAAGCUGCCGUUAUGAAAUUGGAAUCCAAAUCAAGUUUGAUCUCUAGAUAAUGUUUUAAAGUACUAAACAUUCCACAAGUAUUAUUUAUUUAAACAUAUUUCUUAAAUGUUGGCCAAAUAAACUUUUUUGUUAUGUUUA